UGUGAUGCGUGUGUAGACAGACCUAAUGAAGAUGGAGUCCGCCGUGGACUCAGCGUCGACCGCGAGCGAAGUGAGCGGCUCAUCCGGGGGCUCGCCGAGGGUAAAAGUGGCGUCACCAGCUCGUGCUGUUAGCCCGCCGCAGCUGCUAGCGCCGAGAUUGCCGUUGCCACCACCAGGACUGGGCUUGCUGGGUUCCUUGCAAAUGAUGCACCACUCGCCUCUCGAACUGAUGGCAGCAGCGCAUCAUCAUGGUCCGCCGCGUUACGGAAGCCCACCACCGAUUUCAACGUCCGACCCGUCCGCCAACGAGUGCAAGUUGGUCGAUUAUCGCGGACAGAAGGUCGCCGCCUUCAUAAUUCAGGGUGACACGAUGUUAUGCUUGCCGCAGGCCUUUGAACUGUUUCUCAAGCACCUGGUGGGUGGGCUGCACACAGUGUAUACGAAACUAAAAAGACUGGACAUAGUGCCACUGGUGUGCAAUGUGGAACAGGUUCGCAUCUUGCGUGGGCUGGGUGCUAUCCAGCCAGGCGUCAACCGCUGCAAGUUGUUGUCCUGUAAAGAUUUCGACGUGCUCUACCGUGACUGCACUACGGCAAGGUGCCUGUCAAUGAAAGCGCCAGACAGCUCCAGACCGGGUCGACCACCGAAGCGCGCGUCCGGCGUUGGUCUCUCGCUUGCUGCGACGCAGUUCCCUGGACACCCAUUCAAGAAGCACCGACUUGAGAAUGGGGAUUACUCGCCUUAUGAAAACGGACAUAUGAGUGAAAUGGCACGAAUGGAUAAGUCACCGCUUCUGGCUAAUGGUUACAAUGCACCACCUACUCAUCUGGGACCAAUGGGCUUCAUGCACCAACAUGCUCUCAUGUCCCCUGGCAUGCCUCAUCAUGGUGUGCCGAGACCUGACGGCUCCAUCAUUAAAGGUCAACCAAUGCACAACAUGGAAGCACUCGCGAGAUCUGGUAUUUGGGAGAAUUGUAGAGCGGCUUACGAGGACAUCGUAAAACAUCUAGAAAGGUUGCGAGAUGAACGAGGCGACAUCGAACGCGUUAUAGCCAUGGACAAAGCUCGAGAGGGUUCACAUAAUGGUUCGUCUCCAGGCCACAGUCCUGUGCUGAACCUUUCUAAGUCCGGUUCGGGCGAGCGCGAGCGUUCUGAGCGCGAGCGUGAUCGCGGAGAAGGGUCUGCGAGCGGGCGAAGCUCGGCCGCCUCUCGCCGUACUCCCCAGCCCUCGCGAAUACCCUCUGCAGCUGCUGCAGUGUCACCACGCUCGCAUACUGAUGAGAGCGACGGUGCUCUAUCCGAUCAAGAAGACCAUAAUGUCAAAGAUGAGGAUGACGGAGCAGACUUGAGUGAUGGCGAACGCGAUCUACCAACCAAUGCGUCCCCGGCGCCCGUCAACUAUCCCGCACAAGGGUCGUCACCUAAUGUUCCCGUAGACCCCACCGCUGACACCCUGGUGUCAUCUACAGAAACUCUUCUCAGAAACAUCCAGGGCCUUCUUAAAGUCGCAGCAGAUAACGCCCGUCAACAGGAACGGCAAAUCAGUUACGAAAAAGCUGAAUUGAAAAUGGACGUCCUCAGAGAACGGGAAGUAAAGGACAAUUUGGAAAGACAACUGCUUGAUGAACAAAAAAUGAGAGUCAUGUACCAGAAGAGACUCAAGAAAGAGAGAAAGCAGAGGCAACAAAUUCAAGAUCAGUUAGAAUCAGAGCUGAAGAGACGACAGAAGAUUGAAGAAGCGCUGAAACAGUCUGGAGCGCCUUCUGAAAUACUUAGAAUAGUUACAGAAAACCUUACACCCGUAACGCAAGAGAAUCGAGAACGUGAGAAUGGUACCGAGAGCAAGCCACCGAGCACAGAACCACCCACCUCAUCGCCGCCGUUCCAGCGGGACCCGCCACGCACGCCCGACAAACCGCAGUGGAAUUACCCGCCACCGCCCGUCGACAUCAUGAGCGGAGGAGCUGCCUUUUGGCAGAAUUACUCUGAAUCCUUGGCGCAAGAGUUGGAGAUGGAGCGCAAGUCCCGCCAACAGGCCAUGGAACGUGACGUGAAGAGCCCUCUUUCCGACCGUGCCAGCUACUACAAGAAUUCAGUUCUGUUUAGCUCCGCCACUUAGCUGGCAAGCGCCGGGGCGAACGACUUCCCCGACCAAUACGAAAGCAGCGACGAAACGAGAAAACCCAUCAUAAGCGUCAAACCUGAAUUCAGAGAAAAUAAGAUGCAAGAUCAAGACCCAAAGAUAUCUCAUCAUUGAAAUGUAAAUGCAUCGUACAUUUGUGAAGGGCUUCUCGAGUCUUAUUCCGAAACGACACGCUCGUUUGUGUAAAUUAAAGUAUUGAACUAUAAUUACUAGCGUUAACAUUUUUUGUGUAUCUGAUCUCGAUAAAGUUCUUUUACUUUGAGAUUAAACUGUAAAUACUGUUAUUAAAUACGAAAUAAGCACGUAGAUUUCGUGACGUAAGGCGAAGUCGCAGAAACUUUUCUUCCAUAGUGAAAUUUGUAAAUAUUUCUUUAUAUUUAGGUUAAGCCUAACGGUUUUAUCGACGAUACACAUAACUUAUACGUCAACAUUUAAUCUUUUACAAAAUGUACCUUUAAACUUAUUGUUAAAUGCCAUAUUUAUACAUUAAGUAUCUUGAUUUACAAUUUAUACAUUUAAAUAAGCAACAGCUUCAGCCUCAGCUUACUUAUUAUUUGUAACCUCAAUAAUACUAACAACAAAGCAAGCAAACAAUUAUUAAAUUGAUCACUAAAACGGUUGGAAUUGACCUAAGACUGCUUUUGAAAAAUUUUCCAAACAUUUAUAUACGAUUUCAGAUUUCUCACUAGCUAUCUAAUUUAAAAAAAAUAAUAAGUUCGUCAAAUAAACUGCACAACAAUCGAAUGUAAAACAAUCCAAGUGUGUCUAAGUAUUCAUAGAACAUUGCGUACAAUUUUUCAUGUUAAUAUGUGAUCUUCAACAUUAAAUAACUUGUUCAUUUAGUGCAAUGAUUAGGUUUAACUGAUACUAGAAUAUUUAAAAAGAUAGAAAUGUAUAAUAGCAUUGUUAAGUUAGCGAUUUUGAAGGUUCAUUAUACAAAUAAAAAUAUGACUGAAUACCCACAAAGAAUUCUGGCGUACAAUAUAAAGUAAGAGUUUCGUUAAAGUUUCCUACUUUAAACAUUGUAAUAUAAUCUCAGCGUCUCAUAUACAUAUAUGAUCCGGUGUACGUGGGUAGCUAUUGUAUUAAGUGCAGUAGGUUUAACGUUAUAGAUAAAGUAUAAAUUAUAGCGUUAUUUAUAUCGAUGCUUAGUUUACGAAAUGACUUUAAAUGUCUAAAAUAGUUUAAAUAAGAUUUAGACAUUGUAUCGAGCGUUUGAUUGGCGCUUGGCUAUAAGGGCGACGUCACUAAUUAAAAUACAUUCAAAUGUUUACCUUUGUAAAAACCAUGUAAGACGAUAGUCAAGCGCCGACACUAAAUAAGGCUUGAGACGAUUAAUUUCAUACUUAUUAUCUGUAAUGGAUAAUGCGACGUAAUAAAUAAAACUUAGCUGUUACUAUAAAUGUUUAGACGAAUGCGCGUGUGUGGUUGUAUGCAGGGCGUGAAUGUGGUAACUUCAUAUCAGUUCUUUCAUUUUUAUAAUAAAAUGUAAGAGAGUUUCACUGUUCAAAGUUAAUUGUAAAGUUCUGGUAAACUAGUACCGUUAGCGUAGGUUUCUUUUGUCAAUUAGAUGUCGAGGCUUAUCAGUGUACACGUUAAUAUCUUGGUUAUUGCGUUCAUAAAGCGAGUUAUUAUUUAUUAUUUUUAUUAUAAUUAUUAUUAAUUUACUUAAAAUUGUGUGUGUGCCUUGUAUCGUAGAGGAAAAUAUCAAGAUUAAAAAUGAAAAUUAUCA